GCCUGCCUAUAAAUCUUGCGACCGACUGCUCAACCACCUCCAUCACAUCCCGGCUCUUCUUGAACACACGACGUCCUCAACAUGUCUGCUGGUGUGCCAAAAGCUGCACUCUACUACUUCCCCACGGCGAUCUGGCCGUCUGCUCCACUUAUGGCAUUGGAGGAAAAGGGAUACGGUCCUGAUGAGGUCGAUUUAAAGCUGGUAGAUCUAGCCAAAGGAGAGAAUUUUACCCCACAAUAUCUACGUCUGAAUCCUCACGGAACGGUACCUACGCUUGUUGUGCCUCUUCACAACACGCUCUCCCCCGAGAUCGAGAGUAGAUAUAAGGCUCUCCAAGAUACGAAGUCCAUCGUCGAGUUCAUCGACAAAUCGCGUUCCACCCAGUCUCGCACGCACACUACCUCCAGCGCGCCCUCCCCCUCGCUCAGUCCUGCGACCAUUGCCUUCAGUGCUAUCUCUGAUAAGGUCAUCACGCUACUUCACUCCGAACCUGCGGACCCCAACGCGCUCCUCUACCUCAGUGCCCGUGACGAGGCGUCCCUGCGUGCUCUCGCGAAAGCACGCGUUCCUAUGUUAUCCGCUCGACGCAACACGCUCGCUCAACUGCUCGAGGACAGUGCGGCUGACAGGAUUCAUGUGUCUGAGAAGACGCGUGCAUUCUGGACAAUGAAGAAAACAGCCACCGAGAACUUUCUCGACGUGUUUAAGGACGCGGAGAAGCCUUCCAGCGCGCUGGACGACGUUGAGAGGCAGAAGCGCGAGGCGUACCUCAAGGACGCGAAGUUGACAUGGGCUGGGCUCAAGGAGGUGCUCCCGCAGCUCAAUCAGGAGCUCAUCGGGCCGUAUGUUCUUGGCGAUCAGCUAUCCGUCGCCGACCUGCACCUUGCUGCAUGGCUUGCUCGGAUCGUCAUGCUCUCGGGAGGCACGAUUGAAGAGGAUGGCAACACAGUCGUUGGCAAGCUCGAGGCACACGUUGGCCCGGGCUUCACGUUGCCCAAGGGCAUCUCCAUUACGGAGGCUCGCCGCCGUGCUGGGCUGCCGCUGCCGGAGACGGAAACGGAUGAACGGCAAAGUCGCCUCGCAGCGUUCUGGGACGCGAUGAAGGAGAGGCCGAGCUUCCAGAAGAUCUAUGCGGAUGGUUUGCACUGAAUAUUGGAUUGCUCGCCGCUGAGUAUAUCAGUUGGUGAUUGCAGAAUGUGUGAAUUGCAAGAAGAUAUGGAAUAGGAAUGUACUUUAGUACUCAGGUUGCUACAAUAUAUCCAACCUAGUCUUCUUCCGGA